UGCCCGCGCCACAGACACACGCUGGUCUUGUUUUUACAGAAUGGCAACAGUUCAAGUUAGCGAGGCUGAAAAAGUCUAUAUUUUACACGGCAUACGGGAUGACUUAAGGGUGGAUGGAAGAGGCUGUGAAGAUUACAGACACAUGGAAAUUGAAACUGAUGUUGUGUCCAAUACAGACGGAUCUGCAAAAGUCACACUGGGACACACAGCGGUUCUAGUUGGGGUCAAGGCUGAAAUAGGAAAACCACGGCCCAUGUUACCAGAUGAAGGAUAUCUGGAGUUCUUUGUUGAUUGUUCAGCCAAUGCAACUCCUGAGUUUGAGGGCAGAGGAGGUGAAGAGCUUGGGACUGAGCUGAGUAACACUUUGUACAAAGUCUUCAACAACAAAAACAGUGUAAAUCUGAAGAGUCUGUGUAUCCUCAAAGGAGAGCACUGCUGGGUUCUCUACGUCGAUGUUCUUCUUUUGCAAUGUGAUGGAAACCUGUAUGAUGCCAUUUCAAUAGCAAUCAAGGCAGCUCUCUUCAACACAAAGAUCCCAAAAGUGCACAUAUCUUCUGAUGAUGAAGGAAGCAAAGAGAUUGAGCUUUCAGAUGACCCUUAUGACUGCAUGAGAUUGAAUGUGGAAAAUGUUCCAUGCAUCGUUACUUUGUGCAAGGUGGGGCACAGACAUGUGGUUGAUGCGUCGCUGCAGGAGAAGGCGUGCUCUGUGGCCAGUCUGCUGAUUGCAGUGACACAGAAGGGCACAGUGACCUGCCUGAGGAAAGUGGGAGGAGGGAGUCUGGACCCAGAGUCUGUGUUUGAGAUGACAGAGACAGGAAAACGUGUUGGAAAAGCUCUGCACGCUCCACUCAUGAAUCUUCUGCAGCAGGAAGAGAAACUGGGAAAGACGAGACAAAAAGUCGGAUUUCUUGGAUAGAACCAACUAAUACACUUU